GGGGCGCCCUGUCCGGCGGCGCUCUAGCCCCCGCGCACUGUCUCUAUGUUCCCCCUGCGUCUGGUCUAUUUAUUGUCGCGGGGAAGAAGCGGCCGCCCAGUACCCGGAACAACAAAGCACGAAAGACGGAGCCCGAGCCUCGGGGGCUCCUAGCAACGGGUCGGGGCGGGAGUUCCAUGGAGACUGGGGAGCGCGCCCGCCUCAUCAUCAUCCUUGUCCUCCAGCUUAUCAUUCGCAUCCGACGUAACCGGCAGCAGCGCUGCCGCCGCGUUCUCUGCCGCCGCCCCCUCUUCCCACGAAGUAGCUGCGACUGCUGCUCUGCUCCAGUAAUUCAAGUGACUCAAGAAUGACCACAUAGAAUUGGAAAAUUAUUUGUUUAUGGAUGUGAUCUUCGUGGUGGGAAGCUCAGUUUCUAAACUACCCCAAUGGAUGCAGACAGUGAUGUUGCAUUGGACAUUCUAAUUACAAAUGUAGUCUGUGUUUUUAGAACAAGAUGCCAUUUGAACUUAAGGAAGAUUGCUUUGGAGGGAGCAAAUGUAAUUUAUAAGCGUGAUGUUGGAAAAGUAUUAAUGAAGCUUAGAAAACCUAGAAUCACAGCUACGAUUUGGUCCUCAGGAAAAAUUAUUUGCACUGGAGCAACAAGUGAAGAAGAAGCAAAAUUUGGAGCCAGACGUUUAGCCCGCAGCCUGCAGAAACUAGGUUUUCAGGUAAUAUUUACAGAUUUUAAGGUCGUUAAUGUUUUGGCAGUGUGUAAUAUGCCCUUUGAAAUCCGUUUGCCAGAAUUCACAAAGAACAAUAGACCUCAUGCCAGUUACGAACCUGAACUUCAUCCUGCUGUGUGCUAUCGGAUAAAAUCUCUAAGAGCUACGUUACAGAUUUUUUCAACAGGAAGUAUCACAGUAACAGGGCCCAACGUAAAGGCUGUUGCUACUGCUGUGGAACAGAUUUACCCAUUUGUGUUUGAAAGCAGGAAAGAAAUUUUAUAAUUCAUCGCUUAAUUGGUUAGAAUCCCUAACUGAGCACCUUUUAAAACCUGCUGCACAUUGGACUCAAAACAGAAGCAAAACUGGACCAACAGUAAUUGAGGAAAUAGACUCUUUUAUUCAUUCACAGCUACGUGUGUAAGCUCCAGGCCCUUUGGAUUUUAUUUCAGACCUUGCUGUAAUAUAAAAAGGAAGUUUACAAGACAUGACAUUGCUGCUUUUACAAAAGGACAUUCUAUUUAUUUUCGCAGUAAUUCUCAUGUCCCCGUAAGCAGAGCUGUCACAGUGUGCACUACCUUAAAUUGUUCUGUUGUUGUCAUUAUUUUUUUUUCCAGUUUGAGCUAAUGUGCUUUAUUUGUGAAUAGUCUUUCACAUUUUUGUAUGCUGAAUAUGGGCACCAAAGAACCUGUAAAAGUUAUCUUUUUCAAUUGAAUGUGCACAAAUAAAAGUUUGGAAAAGAUCUCUCUUCAUAUCCAUUCUGUAACUUUUAUUCCCCAUUUUCUAUUUUAACAAAAAUUGUAUUCACAAUUCCUUUUUUCUUUUUAAUCUAUGCAAGCUUAGACUUUUGCUAAAAGUGUGUUGGCUUCUUUUUGAAGUGUAUUUUGUAAAUAUAUAUAUGCCGCGUGUGUAUAGUAUCUUUUAAUGCUCUGUUACCAAAUAUCAAAUAGGCAUUUUUUCCUCGCAGAUUAGAAAUAAAAAUAUGUAUAUAAAUUCUAGGGAAUGAACCGGAGUAGAACUGUAUAGAUUAAGCAUAAUGUUUUAUGUUGCUAAUUUAAUAUGAUAGAACAUGUUACAUAUCUUUUAAAAGUUACAAAAUUGUAGUUUUAAAAAAGCAAAACCUCUUACCUAUGAGAUGGAUGUGAGAAAGAAGCUCUGAUGAGUUGUACCUCAUAUGUACUUUUGUGAUUCUGGUAAGACUCAACUCUAGUUGUAGGAAAGUAGUAAUCUUAGGUUGGUGUUCAAGGCUAUACUAAGAGUCUUGUCAGAAGUUGAUACAUUGUGCUGUUUUAACAAGAAGUGCCCACAAGCUGCCUCUGUGCCACAGUAUAAUUAUAAUAUAGUUCAACUUGAACUUGAAAGCCAUUUUGCAAGAUAUGUUUUUCCCCUUGCUGUGUCUUAUUUAAUGGAGCUGAAGAGUGACUGACUACUCAGUAUUUGGGAUUGCUCCUCUUAAACUGACAAUAAAUAUGCGUUUGUGAAA